AAAUUUAUGGUUAGGCUACAUCCAAAUGCCAAAAAAUCUGGAAUGUUGUUUUUCCAAAAUGGCGUCAAGCAGUAGACAUUUGUCUGCUCAAGUUUUCUGUCGAGAACAUCCAGACACCCCACUUGUUGAAGAUUAUCAUGCAGGCGAUAUGAUUUGUUCUGUGUGUGGAUUGGUUGUUGGAGACAGAGUCAUUGAUGUGGGAUCUGAGUGGAGAACAUUCAGCAAUGAAAAAAAUACUAAAGACAACUCACGUGUUGGUGCUGCAGAGAAUCCACUGUUUGAUGGGAGUGACAUGUCCACAAUGAUUGCAACUGGAACAGGAAGUGAUAGUUUAAGGGAUGAAUUUGGAAAACCAAUGUACAGAAACAGAAGAACAAUGAACAGCUCUGACAGAGCCUUGCUCACAGCUUUCAGAGAGAUAGGACAAAUGGCAGAUAGACUUAAUCUACCCAAGAUGCUCGUUGAUCGUGCCAAUACACUUUUCAAGCAAGUUCACGAAAGCAAAGCUUUGAAGGGCCGAAGUAAUGAUGCCAUUGUAUCUGCAUGUAUGUACAUAGCUUGUCGGCAGGAAGGAGUUCCUCGUACCUUAAAAGAAAUUUGUGCAGUUUCCAAAAUCAGCAAAAAAGAGAUUGGUCGAGUUUUUAAGUUAAUCCUCAAAAACCUGGAGACCAAUGUGGAUCUUAUUACUACAGGAGAUUUUAUGUCACGUUUCUGCUCUAACCUAAGUCUCCCCCCUUCAGUCCAAAAAGCUGCUACUCAUAUCGCUCGCAGGGCUGUUGAAAUGGACCUUGUGCCUGGCCGAAGUCCUAUAUCAGUGGCUGCUGCUGCUAUUUAUAUGGCUUCACAAGCUUCUGAUGACAAAAAAACUGCCAAAGAAAUUGGAGAUAUUGCUGGUGUGGCAGAGGUAACCAUCAGGCAGUCUUACAAGUCAAUGAUUCCUAAAGCUGCAGAACUCUUCCCUAAAGACUUUAAAUUUAGUACUCCAAUAGAAAAUUUGCCACCUAAUUAAGCACAACAGUGUGUGUGUAUGUUACAGAGGGUACACUAUUGAAUAAAUGUUUAUAUCUUAUUUAUUAAUGUUUGGUAAGAAAGCAUAUUUUUUAUUGAAUUCUAUUAAAGCAACUUAAUUUAAAUUGGUGUCAGUAUUAAGCUUUACAUUUACAAAUAACAUUACAACUAUGGUGUGCUGAAAAUAAUUAAAUUUUGGAGAAAUUGAAUAGGAAAACACUUUAGCUGUUUGACUUGCAUACACAUCCAAAUUUUAAAAAGAUCCUUGGACAAAGGAAAAAAGGGUUCAAACCCUAGAAUGAUUACUCCCAUGCACACAAUUUAGCACACCAUGAGAUUUCUUUUGGUGAGGUUUCAAAUGUUUUGUGGCUUAACAUUUUCCCUAUAGGUUACAUUUGUUUAUUUUAGUUAUUACAUUUAUUAUGUAACAAACACAUCACAGAGAUGGAAUUUUUUUUUUACACUAAAUUACAUUUUGAAAAUUUAAAAUUCACAUCUUUUAAAGUGAACUUGAGAAAGAUUGGUUUGUAUUUAAAAUAAAAACCAUAUUCUGUUGUUAAAAGUUUAAAGCAAUAGAAAAAUCAAGAUUUCUAAUUUAUUUAAUAACCAUUGACUGUUCAUUUUGAUGCUGAGCUAAGACUGUUCUCAGAUUAUUAUAUUUAUACUGUGCAUUUUUUAAACCUUGGGUGAGAGAAUGUUCUAUGUUGACUUAUUUUGUUUGAAUGUGUGGUGACAUAAGCUGUGAAUGUAUGUUAAUGUUUUACCAAGAGUCAGAAAUAAAAUAUUUUGCUCUAAAUGCA